UUUAAGCUGUGUUGUCUGGUUAGGGUGAGUGCAGUGUUGAGCAAGAAAUAGAAGGCAGCAUUCUGUCAGUGAGAGAAGACGAGAGAACGAGGCGAGGGAAGGAGAUUCGAGAUUGAGGACGAAGUUUGGUGCAGCGACAAAAUCAAAUUUGUGAGCCCAAUAUAGGGUUCGUGCAUUUCCUGGUUUAGACAGUUGGAUCGGCUUGGUCGUGCAGAGACAGAAGGUGGAAGAUGGCGAUGAUGAUGCCGCCUCGUAUGAAUCCAUCAGAUUCUGCUAGUGGACCGAAACAACACCAGUCCUGGAGCCCAUACGACAACAACGGAGGAACUUGCGUCGCCAUCGCGGGAUCAGACUACUGCGUCCUUGCCGCAGACACGAGAAUGUCGACGGGCUUUUCUAUUCUAACUCGUGACUACUCCAAAAUUUUUCAAAUAUCUGACCAAUGCGCUUUGGCAUCAUCGGGUUUUCAAGCCGACAUCAGAGCUCUUCAGAAGAAUCUAGAUGCACGACAUCAGACUUAUCAACAUCAGCACAACAAGCAGAUGAGUUGUCCAGCAAUGGCUCAACUGCUCUCAAACACACUUUACUACAAGCGUUUCUUUCCAUACUAUGCCUUUAAUGUGCUUGGUGGUUUAGAUGAUCAAGGAAAAGGAUGUGUUUACUCGUACGAUGCCGUCGGUUCAUACGAACGCGUAGGCUAUGCAGCCCAGGGUUCAGGCAUGCAGCUCAUUAUCCCGGUUCUUGACAACCAACUCAAAUCUGCAAGCCCUCUUGUUCUUCCCAAACGAGAAUCUGCUACCCCGUUGUCCGAGAGUGAGGCAGUUGACUUGGUGAAGGAUACCUUUGCAUCUGCGGCCGAGCGAGAUAUUUAUACGGGUGAUGGUGUCGAGAUCAUUGUUAUAAAUGCUCAAGGAGUUCAAAAGCACUACAUGGAGCUGAAGAAGGAUUAAGUUACUAUCUGCACCAAAGGCCACAGUUUUUGAAGUACGGAGUCAAUGGUCGCCUGAACUGAAGCUUAUUUGCGCGAGCCUCAUCUGGGUUAAGCUUGUUGUUUAGAGCCUCAGAUGUUGUUGGGGAAAGCUUAUGAAAAGGCCCAACAUAACUACUUAUGACGUGAUAAGCAAAAGCAAAGCAUUACGGGAGAUUCGAGCUACUGUUGAUGUUCUCUGUUCAUAUAGAGAUCCAAGUUCAUUCAUGGAUCCGGACCUCUACUUCUACCACGGGGGCGUCAUAAAGUCACGUGUAGAGCAGCAAGACCUUGAUCUCAGCAGUUCUUGGUCUUGAACAUAUAUCCGGUAUAAUCGAUGAUCUAGACCACACUUACUUCAGUCUGCGAGGGAAUUUUGUGCUAUAUUCUUGUAUAUCCUGACCUUGUGUUUCUCCGAUGAGAAGAACGGAUGUCGUUUGUGGUAAAGAAAAGAGAUGUGCAUGUUCAUGUCACUGGACAGAACAGUGGCAUUUAGCGUCUUUCCUCUUUGCCUGAGAGAACUUGUGGUCCGGAGAAAGGACAAGCCUUUUCGAAUGAUAUCACAUAAACCCGCAAUCGUGCUUCAUUGGUUU